AUGGCUUUAUUAAAGAUAUCACUCAUUGCUUUCAGCUUCAUCUUUUGGGCCGCAGGUCUGGUUAUGCUCACAGUGGGAAUCUGGGCGAAAAUCUCCUUAGAGGAAUACUUGGUCUUAUCCACCAACAAUUAUCCAAACAUCCCAUUAAUCCUGCUGGUGAGCGGAGCCACUGUGCUGCUGUGGGGCUUUCUAGGAUGCAUCAGUGCUGCCGUAGAGAAGCAAUGUCUUCUACGCACCUAUGGGCUCUUUCAGUUAGCAGUGCUAUUAGCUGAACUUGCUGCUGGGCUCUCAGGUCUAUUCUACCGCAGGGACAUCGCGGAAGGUUUUCAAAGUGGAUUACGGAAUGCAGUAUUAUCUUAUUCAGAAGACAAGGAAAAAGCAGAUGCCUUGGACGCAAUACAAAAAGCCCUGCGCUGUUGUGGCGUCCAUAGCUACCGCGAUUGGUUUGAGUCCCCAUGGUCCCUGGAGCAGCAGGAAGCUCACCUUGGAUAUAACAAUGGAUCAGUACCCAGCAGCUGCUGCAAGACCCACAGGGGAUGCCAAAACAGUCCUCUGUUACAGGAAGCCCUGACUAUCCAUAGGGAGGGUUGCUUCAAGAAGGUCUGCAAUUUUGUAAGCGACAACAUGUUUUACAUUGCUACUGUUGCCCUUGGCAUAGCAUUCAUGCAGAUUGUGGGCAUUGUGCUAUCAUGCCUGUUAGCAGCCAAAGUAACUAAUAAGGUGCCAGAUGCAGUUCCAACCUGAA